AUGCCAACCACAAGAAGUUCUAAACGACAUUCUGUUGUACCAAAUGGUCUUAGUGAAGAAGAAGUACAGUCGUCAGAUUCAGAAGAUGAGAUAAAGGAGGAUGUUGAAGUGAUUAAGCAAGCAAGUCCGCCAUCGAAAAAAACAAAGAAGUUGGAUUGGAAAAAGAAAGAUUUUAUUCUUCCAUUAGCAGAUUUUACUGGACUCUUACCACCACCACCGGAUGAAGAUUUACAGCCGAUUGAUUAUUUUUAUUCUAUGUUUGGCAGAGAGUCUAUAGUACUUUUAAGUGAUCAGUCGAAUUUAUAUUCGGUUCAACUAGAUCCAAAUAAGCCUCUUGGUAUUUCUCAACAUGAGAUGGAGCACUUUAUAGGUAUAUUGAUUAUGACAGGCGUCUACUCGUUUCCAACACCACGUUUCUUCUGGAUGAAUACUACUCGUAUCGAAUCCAUAGCUUCAGUAAUAAGCCGAGACAGAUUUUUGCAAAUUAGAAAAAACUUAGAUGUCAUCGAUAAUUCUAAUCAAUUAUUCGUUGGCGAUCCAAAUUUUGAUCGAGCACAUAAAGUUCGUCCAUUACUUAAUAUUGUCAAAGAAAACUUUAGAAAGAUUCCUAAGGAAGAAAAGUUAAGUGCAGACGAACAGAUUAUUCCAUUCAAAGGUAGAAGUAUUAUGAAGCAGCAUAUGCCACUGAAACCAAAUCGUUGGGGAUACAAAAUGUUUGUCUUAGCCGGUGGUGAAAGUGGCAUUUGCUAUGACUUCGUAUUCUAUACGGUACCACGUGGUAUUAAUCACAAGCUGUACUGUGAUAAUUUUUAUACAACAAUUGCAUUACAAGUAGAACUGUUCAAGUUGGGAAUUUUUACUGUUGGAACAGUGAGAUCGAAUCGAUUAUCUGGUUUAGUUAUGAAAACUGAAGCAGAAUUAUCGAAAGAAGGUCGAGGAUCAAUGGAUCAUCGUGUAGUAGAGGUAGAUGGAAUCCAGAUCUGUGCGACUAGAUGGUAUGAUAAUAAUGUUGUCAACUGUCUUUCGACGUUACAUGCUUGUCAGCCCAUCGAUUUAGUCCAAAGAUGGUCAACAAAAGAAAAAAAACAUGUGCAAGUUACAAGACCAGAUGUAAUAAGAGCGUAUAAUCAGUACAUGGGUGGGGUAGAUUUGAUAGACAUGUUGAUUUCAUUAUAUCGCAUUAAUGUUAAGUCAAACAAAUAUUAUAUGAAAAUUAUUUUUCAUCUGAUCGAUUUGUCAAUAGUAAAUGCAUGGCUUUUGUAUCGUCGGCAUUGUUCUCAGAUUAAUAUUCCCAAGAAGACCAUGAUGUCUUUAUUAACAUUUCGUUUAAAUGUAGCUGAGUCUUUACUCAAAUCUGCUCCAUUGGUACCUCCAGUAAAGCGAGGACGACCAUCAUUGAAACUAUCGACAGUUGAAAGUAGCGCUUCGACAUCACCAAGAGCGGCACCGAGUCCUUUACCGCCAAAAAAUAUUCGGUUUGAUAAGUACGACCAUUGGCCCAUACAGAUAGAAAAAGGUAGAUGUCGAAAUGCAGGCUGUAAUGGUUAUACAAGAAUAUCAUGUUCAAAAUGUAAACUACGUCUGUGUCUGAAUGAAAAUAACAAUUGUUUCAAAGACUAUCACAAUGAAUGA